UGAGUAGGUCGGACUGGUACUUUUAAUAUUCCAUGUAAAAGGAAGAAAAAGAACAAGAUGAAGAUGCUAACGGCCACUAGUAGUCGUCUCGCGCUGUUCCCUGCAUCGCGACAGAGCAGGAAGGUUAUGCAGAGAGCAGCUUGCGAGCAAUACUUUUUCCGAGCGCUUGGGACUUGUUACAGUAGUCCAAUCAACAAUGGGGCUCUUAGUCGCUUUCAUCCUGGAGGUCGUGGAAGCUCUUGUUCGCCGAAGAGGAGUUUUAGUACAACAGGAAACGUUCAUCUUGGAGAAGGUGAAAAUGCUUCUUCAUCCUCGUCUUCUAGUAGUUCAAGUUCCUCCUUAGCUCCAUCGAGUAGCUCAGCUACAUCGUCCACAAACGCAGAGUCGACCACAACAUCAAACGCAGAUCCGUCUGUCCGUCUACUCGCAUGUCUAGGUGGCGUCCUAGCCUAUGGCGUUUUCUCCGAAGUGUUUACACCAUCGACUUUGGUGCACGACUACCACACACCUGGACUGUUGUCGGACUUUUCCUGGGAUGGUGGUAG